UAACAAUUCACAUGUGACAGCGAAGGUCAGCAUCCAAUAUGGCUGCUUGCACGAGAAGGCUUGACAAAGUUACGUUUUCAAUAAGGCUGUUACGGAAUAUACAACAGCAAAAUGAACGUUUCUUGUCCACAUCUAUGCGUUGCCUCGCACAGGGGAGUGACGGUGGCAAGCCAACAAAAUUCACCCCUCCACCAAAACCUGUCAUCAUUGACAAAACACAGUCCGAGGCUUCACUGCGAAAGUUCCUGAGUCCAGAAUUCAUCCCUCCCCGACAGAGAAUAAACCCACUGAAGUUCUCCAUUGAGCGCAAAGACAUGAUCCAGAGGAGGAAAGUGCUCAACAUUCCAGAGUUUUAUGUUGGAAGUGUCUUAGCUGUGACCAUGGCGGACCCUCACGCCAGCGGUAAAACCAACAGCUUUAUGGGCAUCUGCAUCCAGAGAGGUGGCCAUGGACUGGGAGCCACAUUUGUCCUUAGGAAUAUCAUCGACGGCCAAGGAGUUGAGAUCUGCUAUGAAAUGUACAGCCCGCGGCUGCAGCAGCUGGAGGUGCUGAAGCUGGAGAAAAGGCUGGACAACAAUCUGAUGUACCUGAGAGACGCCCUGCCCGAGUACAGCACCGUGAACUUGGACAUGAAGCCCGUGCCCCACUCUGUCACCGGGGACGUGCCCGUCAAUAAAAUCAGAGUGCGGAUGCGGCCCAAGCCGUGGUCCAAGCGCUGGGAGCGGCCCAAGUACAACGUGCAGGGCAUCCGAUUCGACCUGUGUCUGUCGCCCGAGAAGCUGGAGCACGCCCAGAAGUGGGCGAUGCCCUGGCUGGAGUAUGACAUGCUGAAAGAGUACGACACCACAGCCCUGGAGGAGCACAUCCUUAAGGAGGUGCAGACAGAGAUGAGCAAGUGAACAUGCCCCUAACCCCUCACCCCAACCCGCUCUCAACCAGGGGUGGGUAGUUCAGUAAGCGGGUGGGUAGUUCAAUAAGCGGGUGGGUAGUUCAAUAAGCGGGUGGGCAGCUUCAAUAAGCGGGUGGGCAGUUCCAGUAAGCGGGUGGGUAGUUCAAUAAGCGGGUGGGUAAUUCCAGUAAGCGGGUGGAUAAUUCCAGUAAGCGGGUGGGUAGUUCAAUAAGCGGGUGGGUAGUUCCAGUAAGCGGGUGGGCAGCCCCGGCAGUAGUGUCUUCUGGUUUUUACUGUCAAAUCAAUAAAUUACAUAAAGUUGGGGGGGGAAAUCUAGUUUAUUCACUCCAUGAGCAAUUAGUGACAUGAAUAGAUGGAUGAAGUGCCUGGGAGAUGAAAAGCACCAGACAGUGCUGCCUCUGAGGAACAGUGUUCAGCCACCCCUGUUAAGCUCUUUCAACACUUGAUGUCCCUUGGUCUUCCACCUGUCUCCAUGUGCAUGAUGUCUGGUGAGGUGGAGAGGAACGUUGAGGAGUCUGAAUCUCCCAGGGACAAUGGUGGAGCCGUCUGCAUAGCUGUGGUAACCUGCUUGCUUCAUCGUGUCUUGUAUGUCUGGAAAGUGGUUUUGCAUAUCAAUGUGCAGUUGCAAGUAUCCAUUUCUAAAUUAAAAAGCUAUUAAACAUG